AUGUUGACCAUCUCAGUGCUGCUGCUGUUGCUCCUCUCCUCUCCUCUCGUCUCCUCGUCUCCUCUGGCCAAGGAUCAGUCGGUGUGUGCCAGGACUUUCUGCGGUGCAGGUCGAGAGUGUGAUUCGACCGAUAGAGGAGAACCCGUCUGUCGUUGUUUACAGCAGUGUGAUGGGACGGAGAACUGGGUUUGUGGCAGCAACGGCAGAACCUACAGGAACCACUGUGAGCUGCACAGAGACGCCUGCAUCGCCCAGACCAAGAUACAUGUGGAGCACAGAGGACACUGUGUGGAGAAACCAGCGAGGACAGAUGUGAGCCCCAUGGUGUGCUUCCUGUCGGAUCGUGAUUGGCUGAGAGAGAGAGUGAUCCAGUGGAUUCAGGAGGAGGUCCAAUCGAAUGUGACCUCACCCAACAAGCUCCUGCAAACCUACUUCAAGACGUACGCCAACGGGGAUUCAGAGCUCGACUCCAAAGAGUUCCUGAGCUUCCUGAAGCACAACGAGACGGCCCUCAACCUCACGUACUCCAACUCUCUGGAGACUAACACGCUGCUGAGGUCUCUGUGUGUUGAUGCUCUGAUUGAGCUGUCGGAUGAAAACGCAGACUGGAAGCUGAGUUUAACGGAGUUCAUCAACUGUCUCACCGCCGCCUACCGUCCACAGCAGAGAAAGUGCGCUCUGGAGGAUGAAGUGCUCGAGGACGGAGCUGAGACUCGGAUGGAGUGCAACAAGUGUGUGUGCGCUUGUGGGAACUGGGUCUGCACCGCUCUGACCUGCAAUGGGGAGCGUCAGGUGGAGGAGGACGUUAAGGAAGGAGCAGAAGAAGAAGUGACAGAAGAGGAGUGGAGCAGGAGAGUGGCUGACCUCAACGCUCUGCAGGAGGACAGUCACCACUGA